AUGGAAGAAAAAGGUACAGCCGGUCCAGCUAAGGCCGUUGAUGCUGUCCUAGUACAGUCAGCUCCGAUGCCAGAAGGGUCCGUCCAAGUCAAGGGCAUCGAUUUCAACGAAUACACCGGCCGUCCGAUAACCAUCGACGAUAUAGUCCGUAACAUGAGUAACAUGGGCUUUCAGGCUAGUAAUUUAGGGAAAGCUAUUGAAGUUGUAGACAAAAUGAGAUCGUGGAAAGACCCCGCCGACCCCUCCAAGCGCCCCACAAUCUUCCUUGGCUACACUUCCAACCUCAUCUCCUCUGGCCUCCGUGAAACAAUCCGCUACCUUGUCCAACAUCGUCAUGUCUCUGCGAUCGUUACUACGGCCGGUGGCGUUGAGGAAGACUUCAUAAAAUGCCUAGCGCCGACAUACAUGGGAGCCUUCCACUUGGACGGUGCUACUUUACGUAAAUCGGGAAUGAACAGGAUUGGAAACCUCGUGGUUCCUAACGAUAACUACUGCAAAUUCGAGGAUUGGGUAGUACCAAUCCUAGACAAAAUGCUUGAAGAGCAGGAAGCUUCAAGUUCUCUGCCAGUAGACGAAAGAAUCCAUUGGACACCCUCGAAGGUGAUUCACAGGCUUGGAAAAGAAAUCAACCAUGAAGACAGUGUGUACUAUUGGGCAUACAAAAACGAUAUCCCGGUUUUCUGCCCUGCGUUGACAGACGGCUCGCUCGGCGAUAUGCUUUUCUUCCACACUUUCAAAGCUUCACCACAAAUGCUACGGAUAGAUAUAGUCGAAGACAUCAGACGGAUAAAUACAUUGGCAAUGAAUGCAGCGUGCACAGGUAUCAUAGUAUUGGGAGGAGGAGUAGUGAAGCAUCAUAUUGCAAAUGCGAACUUGAUGAGGAAUGGAGCCGACUACGCUGUAUUUGUGAAUACGGCAAACGAGUUCGAUGGCAGUGAUGCCGGUGCUCGACCGGAUGAGGCGGUUAGUUGGGGAAAGAUUAAGAUUGGAGGUGAAGCGGUGAAGGUUUACGCCGAGGCUACUAUAGUGUUCCCCUUGAUCGUAGCGGCAACCUUUGCGAAGGGUAAAGUCGAAUAG